AUGGCUCGAAGGGCACUCGUGACCUUUACGGAGACGACGAAUGUUGCACCGAGCGACGCUACUGAAUCACGAUCGGGAUCCGCGACGACGAUUUCCGUAGAGUACUUUUUGGAAAAUCCGCAAUGGGCUGCCACAUCCUCACGGCCUUCCUCCAAAGAUGAACUGUUUAUUACCAUCCGGGAGUUUCCGGUUAUCUUCGGGAUGACAGGCGAUCAGUGCUCCGACGAGGCGCUGGGCAAACAAUUGCACAGUCGGACCUUCCAGAUCGGGCCGCUCCGUCUGAACUCUACACUCUCCGGCCGCCUCCCCGCGGUGGACGUCCCUCUCCACUCCCACCAAAGCAUCCUCGGCCGCUCCAUCCUCGUCAUCAGCACCAAAGGUAAACGCGCCUGCGCCACCAUCACCACCACACAGCCUUUCACCAGUCGACUGGCUAUCGCCCGCAUCCGGGGCUCCAUUGCCGGCGAUGUGUACUUCCGGCAGUACGCGGCGGCCACCAUCCAUACCACCAUCUUCGUUGACCUUUACAAACUCAUCCCGGAUGGGAUGGCCAAGAAUGUCACCUAUAAGUGGCUGCUGAUGACCACGGGACCGUUGGAUCGCAGCCGCCCCGAGGAUGAAGUUUCCUGUCGCAAUAUGCGCGUGCUGUAUGACCCGGAUUUCCGGGAUGAGGCCGGUUGUAGCCGGGACGCGCCGCAGUCUUGUAAAAUUGGGAAUUACGAGCAGAAGUUUGGCGGAUUGUUGAUCGGGUGGGUGGGUGCACCGCAGAAGGCCUUUUACACGGACACGCAAUUCUCCCCGUCCGGGACGACGGCCGGCAGACGGAUUUAUGUGGCGGUAUUCUCUCCGUUGAAUCCGCUGGUUAGUGUGGCGUGUGGGGAAAUUCGGAUGCUGCCGCCCAAGGUAGCCGAGGCAUCCUUCAGUCAGGAUGGUGUUAAAGGUUUGCUGAAAUUUGUGCAAGUGUCCCCGCUGGAUCCAACGGAAGUGUAUAUAAAUUUAACCGGCUUGGCUUCCCGCGCCAACUCCUACCAGCUCCACCAAUUUCCCCGCCGGCAGCGCAUCAAGCGCAACGAAGAUCUCUGUGUUGCAGCUCACAUUGGCAAUCUCUACGACCCCUUUAGAGCUGCAUACAAUCUCGGUUUGACCGUCAACGUCAGUACCGUGGACCAGUGGCCAGUGGGUGACCUAAGCGGACGGCACGGCAAUCUCAGCGGUGUUGACAGUUAUGAUGCGGCAUACGUUGACGAGAAUUUACCAUUGUUUGGAUCACUGAGUAUCAUUGGCAGGACAUUGGUCAUUUACAAUAACAGCGUUAACGGAUCCAGAUGGAUGUGCAGCAGUGUGUGGUCGCGAGGGGAAACUGUAACAGCGAGAGUACGCUUCUUUUAUACUGUCGGUGGGGAAAUAUUUUUGCGUCAGGCUGCGGACGAUUGGAGAAGUGAGACUACCAUAUUCGGCAACCUGUUUUACACAAACGGUGUACCGCCGAACUUCACCAGCAACCAUCCGUGGCGUGUCCAUUCCGGCAUUGUAGAGCGGGAUGCGUUUUCCUUUGAUGACCGGUGCAUUAACGCGCUGGAUGUGUACAAUCCUUUGGAUAUGGAUAUACGAAAAAACUACGCAACGGAGUGCCUUCCAUCCCGGCCACUGCGCUGCCGCUUGGGUGACCUUUCUUUAAAACUGCAAAAUCUGGUGGUGGCCCUAAAGGGUUCCAUUGGAAACGGGCGCUUUCUGUUUACGGAUUCCUUCUUGCCGCUCACCGGGCCCAUGAGUGUUGUGGGCCGGUCAAUUGUAAUUUACACUAAAGAACAGGGAACUGAUCGGCUAGCCUGUGGCAACAUCCAGAAGGUUUAUCCAGUGAAAGCGACGGCAAAGACCUGGGUAGGUAAAACCAACAUCAAAGGUUACAUCACCGCAUCACAGCCUACUAGCUUCCAAGACACGGAAGUGAUUAUUAGACUGCAAGAGCUAGACCGCGCCGCGACAUCCCUGACGGUUCAUGUGGGUCCGGUGGAGAACGACUUGGUUAUUCCCUGCACUGAAGAAUCCCUUGGAAAGGACUAUAAUCCUUUGAAUACGUCAAACGCACCGUCGCAGAACACAUCAUUGUCGGCUGAAGUGUCAACAGACGAUUUAUAUGCCGUUGGUGACCUUAGCGGUAAAUACGGAUCUCUGUCUGGAUUAAGCUCUUAUGACCGGCAAGCUUUCGAUGAGAAUCUUCCGUUGGCCGGUCUGAACAGUGUUGUGGGCCGCUCUGUGGGAGUAAGACAGAGCCUGGAGAGCCGCAGUUUAGCCUGUGCGGAUAUCGUCCACGAUAUUGACGAGCAGGAUAUCAAAAUCAAAAUCGUACACGCUAUUGCCGAAUUUCCUGGACCUUUCUUGUGGGGCUACAUGCGUAUGUUCCAGGUAGUAUACGCCGACGGAAGUACAUCACCGUUGACCAUUCAGUCCCGUCUGGCGCAUAUGGUCAAUAACACCAUCGACUACCUGAGACCAACUUCCGAGUACCGAUGGUCAGUGUGCCAGUUGCCGGUUGCUACGGAUGCCGCAAUUAUUUACGAAGAUUUCCGCUGCAUCACCGCGGGCUUGACCGAUAAUUACUUUAACACCUUUGUGGAAGGGCAAGAGUACCGUGAUGAGUGUUGGGCCGGUAAUCCAACACGGUGCUCAUAUGGGGACGUGACGCGCCGUUUAGGAAAAGUUCGCAUUUCUUUCGACGAACGCCAAGUCUUCACCGACGAUAUCUUGCAACUGCAAGGAAACAUUUCCCUUAUCGGACGGUCAAUUGUGGUUUUCGAUACAAGAGAAGGCGAUCAAAGGGAAAUUCGGUUGGCGUGUGCAAAUAUUCUGGAGGAAGAACACGCACAAGUGACAAUUAAUCUGCAGCAUGCCGGCAUUUUUGACAUCGUGGGAUUUGAAGAGCACGUGGUGCGAGUGUCCAAUCUGUCCCAAUGGAACGUGCAGAUUGAUUUCGGCAAUGUCAAACGCAUGUACCAGGACUCUUGCGUGGUGGUGGACGUCCAUUUCAGGGCACCCAAAGCCCUUAGCGUCAUGCGGGCAUUUACCAAUCUGAUCGAUCUGGACCAGUUCUCGUUUCUCGGAUAUCAAAACUGUGAUAAGAAGAAGUACCGCAAAUUAUUAGCCAUGCUGACGGGAGCAGUGACCGUCUCUUCUUCCGAUCGGGAAGCGGAAGACGAUCACGAUGGAGCUGUACGACUGUUAAGCGGCGGCGGCAUAUAUCACGUUGCUUUGUUAAUUCUCGCAUUUUUUGCAUCAAAAUUUUUGAUGAUAUGAUUUCUAUUAAGAUUUCAUGUUUACCAAUUGCGGCAGAAAUUGUUCCUGGCGCAAAAACCUUUACCUGAAAAAAUUGUGAUAUA